AUGCCGGUCAGGGAAACAGCGGUUGCCGCUGCGGUGUUAGUAACCCUAACUACGCUAUUUCAUGAGGCGGCUUCCGGACCCUCGUGUCAGGACAGGGAUUACCUGUCUGCCUGUAGCGAAGACUGCUACAAAUACAAAUUCUACACCUGCGUUAACUUCAACAAAGUGGGCGACCUCUACCACUACGUGCAGCGUGCCCUCAAGUAUCCCAACCUGUGGUUCAUCUUGGAGGACAGCCAGCUGGACUACUACCCAGGCGGCACCUUCGCGGACGGCAGCGUGAGCGUCAUUGAGCUGCGAAACGUGCGGGCGCACAGCUUCGCCCAGUUCGAGACCGGGCCCAACCCGUUCCUGGGGAUUGAGGACUCGCUCCAGUUCAUUGUGUUCAGGGACGGCAGCACGCUGCCGGACUCCUGGACAAUGCUCGGCCGGCUCAGGAAGCUUGAAAAGCUCGAAUUCUGGAACAUGAAGCACCUCGAGCUCACUCGCGAUUUCAACGACCUUCCGCAGAGUAUGACUCGAGUCUAUAUCUACAACUCGACCAUCGGCUACAUCGACGAAAACUGGCUGUCCUCGCUGAAGAAUCUCGAACGCGUAAUCGUGCAGAAAUGCAACCUAAAGAAAUUUUUGAGAUCGAUGCUGCCGUUGCCUGCUCUGAAGCUGCAUUUCCUGGACCUUGAGUCGAACGCUUUGACGUUUCUUCCACGAGAUAUCGGCCAGGGCUUCCCCGCCCUCUACUUUUUCAGCGUUGGCGAAAACAACAUCACCACCUUAAGCCAAGAAAGCCUAGCUCCGCUGAAGAGCGCCGGAUACGUGCACCUGUAUGGAAACCCGCUGCACUGCGACUGCCGGCUCCGGUUCCUGCUGGAAUAUAGUGACGACUGGACAUACGCUCACUGUGCAUCACCGGCGGCGGUCAAGGGAAGCUACCUGAAGAUCCUGUCCGCAGAACAGAUGACUUGCGGCAAUGAAUCUAAAGUCAUCAGCUGAUCCUUCUUAUCCUCUCUGAAUCGGUUUCCACAAACCGCUGUUUCCCAGUUGCUAUCUAUUACCGAAUAUCAUGCCAGUUUUUAUGGGCAGUUGGAUGACGGAGAUGAAAUGUAAGCAGUUGAAGCGGCACCCUUUUUUAUGGGCAUAAGCUUAGAUUUUAGUGACUCGUGUCUGAGAUACAGAUAAAAUUGCUUAGGAAGCAGUCAUUUGUCAGGAAUCGCUGGUCGGUUUCCCCGCGUUUC